GUGAAGGUACGCGCCGAGCGGAAUGGAAGCGGCGGCUUCAGUCGCCCGCGAACCUCCGUCGAAGAACGUUCUCCACGUCGUUCUGAGUCGACAACGUGGUCGCCCGAGCAGCCUUCAUCGAUCGAACGCGACAGAUCUCGCUGGAACACACACACACACACAGAGAGAGAGAGAGAGAGAACGAAGAAGAUAAGGGGUGUAAAAGUCGCAAGGGGGGACCGGCUGAUUUUCUUUCACCGUCACGCGACCUCGCGAGGCGGGGAUCACCGAUGUUGUUGAGAAACCUCGGGAGCGAGGCGAGGUUCAAGGAACGAGAAUGAGGACGAUCCUGAACGCGUGUUGCGGCCUCUGUAUCGACUCGGGCGAGUAAAAACGCGCGGAAUAGUCAUGUGGAAGUGUUGCCUCCUGUUUCUGUGCAUCGCAGGUUUAUCCUCGGCUGUCUUGAAUCCGCCGGAUCACCGCGUCAGUUCCUCGACGAACAAUCAGUCGGUGACGGUGCGACAGAAUGAGCCUGUGAGACGAUUCGCGUGUCCUAUAGGAUUCUUUCGAUUGAAACGGUUCUGUUAUUACUUGAGCGCCGGCACAGCACCGUGGAGGGAAGCGCACUUCCAUUGCAAGGACAGAAACGCCACUCUGGCUAUCUUGGACAGAAAUGGAAAGGACAGGAUGCUGAGGAGGUAUUUGAUGGGAGAACAGUUCACGAAAUUGGAGCGAUGGAUCGGCGGGAUCUUCAACUGGCAGCAAAAGGCCUGGGAAUGGGGCGUCACUGGUGAGAAGAUGGUUUUCCAGAGUUUCGGCAAGUUGGAGCCCGGGAAAUCGGAGAAGUUCGCGUGGCACUGUAUCAUAAUGGAUCCGACAUUGAAGUACAAGUGGAGCGCGAAAAGCUGCGUCGAACGAAAGCAUUAUAUAUGCGAAGUGUCUGCCGGUCGCAUAGCCAGAAGACGCAAAAAAUCGGAUCCUUUCGCGCCGCAAAAUCAAAGAUUAAAGCCCAGGAAGAAGGGCAAAAAGUACUCGGAGGAGCAGGGGAGGCUAGACGGAAGGAAGAAGAGUCGAGCGAAUUGGAGAAGAAACUGGAUGGACCAAGCGGAGAACCACCAAUGGGCUCACGGUGUGAAACCGGGCUCGCGGCCACCUUCUUCCAGGAAAAUAUCGAAAAUUCGACGCAUCUUAAGUCACAGGAUGGCACAACCCAGAGAUCGCACACGGCACCGUCUCAAUAACAGGACUCGCUUGCAGCCAUCCGUGCCGAAAGUGGCUCAGGUGUUGCCUCGAGGGCGAGAAUACGGCGCUUUCUUGGGCGAUGGACCUAACCAUCAUCCCCAGAAUUUGGCUGACACAAACCAGGACUUUACGCAAUUCCACAAUAAAAUAAACGACUUGGCGCGGGAGGAGGUUCUGUUUAAGCCGUGAAGGAGAAACUCGAACCGAUAUAUCGAUAGGUAGUUACGAUUGCAGCCUUGACUUUACCAUCGCAUUCUUACAUAACGAGUCUUUCGUUGUAAUGCCGAGAUUGAAUUACACGUCAAAUCUUAUUCGUACAAUGUUAUCGAACAGCUAAUCAUGGCAGAGCUAUUUUACCGUAACAGCAUAAUUACGGCUGCAAUCGUACAAGUGAACUUUGGACCCGUAGAAGGACUAAUGCGACCAAAGUUAAUUACAAAAUAAUAAAUCCCUCAAGGUUCCUCCGCCUGAAUAUUCGCGAGAGUUUCAAGAGACACACUGUUUAAUUAAUAGAAUAGUGAUCGGCUAUGAAGCUGACAGAUUAACAGUCGCAAUAUUUGUGCCAAGAUCGCAGGAUGCAUUCUAUACUAUUACUGACAUUUGUCUGGAUAUUUUCUCUGUACUUAUCGUAGUAUCGCUACAGAGCAUUACUUGUUGUCUCUCUGCAAUAUUUUCACUUAAAUCUCGCCACGUGACAAUGUGCAUUAAUUAAAUGUAACGUGCGAAUAAUUCAGGUUAUUAACGAAAAAUAUUUAAAACCUUCGUUGCGCUUGUAUCACCGCUUCAAAUCGUGGCAAAUCGCGUUAAUCAAGAUAAAUGAAAACAGCCAUUACUCACUAAUUAAUUAAGCCGUAUUUAGCGAUAAUCGUUUACGCUAAUUAUAUCGCAUAGUUUAUACGAAUGAAUUGCAGUUAGGGAUAGCGGAUCAAAAAGCAAGAUAAAACUCGUAUCCUCGCUUUUUGCGAUCCGUUUUCGCGUAUAUCACUUUUUCAUCGCUUUGUCUGUAAAUAUAUCAACGUAAGAUUAUUGAUAUAUAAUCCCCUGUAUUUAAUGAUGUAUAAUAAAAUACUGAUACAGGAGA